GUCAUUCACCUGUCCCUUCCCCUGCUCCUAUAUAUGCAAACACACUUCUGUGUGUGUGUGUGUGUGUGAGAGAGAGAGAGAGAGAGAUUGUGUGCUUUUGGUAGUUACUUUCAGUUAAGAACAAAGAAAAUAUGGCAGCAGCAGCAACAGAAGAAGUAGCAGUACUAGUGGACGAUUCUACUUUCAAGAAGCCUGGAACUGUUCCCUUCAAAUGGGAGAUCCGACCCGGCGUUCCCAAGUUCCACCAAAACCUACAGCAACCACCAGCUCCUCCACUACCCAAAAAACAGCAGCAGCAGCAGCACCACCAUCGCCACCACCACCACGGUCAACAACAGCCGCAGAAGCUCAGACCCCCACCUGCGGGGCUAACCCACUUCCACCCUCCACCGGAGGUCCGGACCCGCUCCUUCAGGUCCGUCCCUCGCGGCCGCUCCGAUCGCUGGCGUUUCACCAAGCACGACAACGUCGCCCGACCCGAAGUCGUCUCGCAAGGGUGCUUCCUGGGGCCGCUGCUUACCGGGCGGAAGGAUGAGAAGAAAAGGGCGGUCCAUAAUGCCGAACCCGACUUCACCCUGCAACUGGAAACCCUGGCCCGGUGGUCCGUGUCAUCCCGGAAGUCCCUCUCGCCCUUCCGGAACUCGCCCUCCUCCUCUUACUCUUCCUCCUACCAGUCUUCGCCCCGACCUGUUAGCGAUGCUGAGUGGGCCGGGUUCGGACUCUUUUAGAUCCAAACCAGUCCCUAAAUAAUUACCUCUUUUUUUUUUUUUUGUUCCAGUUAUCGUUGGUGGGGGAAAAAUCUACUGCAUCCCCCCUUAGAUCAAUCAAUCUCCCAUUGUGAUUUGCCAUUGAGGUUUGUGAAAUCGCAAUCGUGGUGGAUGUGUAGAGUUUCUUUUGUUUGCCUUCAAGAGAGGAUUUGCCAUCAUGGGUACACUUGAUUAAUUUCACAGCAAACAAUAUUUGUACGUGAAGAUUUGGAACUAAGCUGUUUAGGUCAGACUUUGUUUGGUAAAAAAAGAAAAAAAAAACUCAUUAUUAAACAAAUUUAUUUAAUUAAA